UGUACUGUGCAAAAAAGUGAUUGAUAGUAAAUGUCAUGGAGGCACUAUAGGAGAUGAAAAUAUUAUCUGUAAAGCAUGCGCAAAUGUUCCUAUCAAUCCUAAUGAAAUUGAUGAUAUGGUUGUGUCAGUUAUACAGCUACAGACAUAAUAUUUAUAAAGCUGGAGGUAGCGAAAAAAGACACCUUCGUGAUAUGGAUUUAAGAUCACUUUUAACGGAAGAUCAAAGCAAUGUACUUUUUACGAGUUUGGUAACUUCGUUCAGAGAGCUAAAGAAUGCAGAUUAUGUCUUUAGGGUGCUUGUCCCUGAGGCCAUCAUAUAUCUUUUUGCAAAGUUUAUGCUAGUUUCUAGAAUUCAAGCAGAAGUGACUUUAAAUGCAUAUAUUUCAAAGCGAAAUACAGAGGUUUUGCAAGAUGAAUCAAGUGAUUCAGAAUGCUCAUUGGUUAAUGUAAAGGAUUUCACAGAAACUUGCAUUGUUCUGUCUGAGAGUGAGGUAUCUUUAAGUGAUAUUGAUUUUAAAUUAGUUGAAAGUAGUUCUGAAUCUAAAUUUGAAUGCAUAGAUACCACUGAUAUGGAAAGUGCAGUAAAGCGUCUCCUUGAUGAAUUAGUAAUAAAGGUUUCUUCAUAUCAGGAGAAUAAUUUUUGUGGCUCAUGAUCAAGGUUUAAUUAUUGAUGAGAAAGAGAAAAAAUCAAAA